GCUGAUACUGUGUUGUAACAUACAAGUUUGUGUGCGGACAAAUCAGUGUACUGAAGCUUGAUCUAGCAAUGUGAAACAGCGCCAUACAGCAUCCCCAGCUGCAGUAGCAAGCCGGUUGAAUAGUAGCCUAUUUUUGCUUGCAAACAACGCUGCACAGCUUCUACUUUUGGAAUUGAAUUGCGCAUAGGAUUGCCCCCAUAUUUUGUGCCAUGCGAACGUAAACCAGGCCAUGGAGAUACAUCGUCUCGGGCUGUCAUUCUGUCGAGCGCACACGAGCGCAUAAAUGUUACUCACCAACGUAUUUACAGAUUUAGUCUUUGACAGCGGAGAAGAUGCGCAAGGACGUCAGGAUAUUACUAGUGGGAGAGCCCAAAGUAGGGAAGACUUCCCUGAUCAUGUCUCUGGUCAGCGAGGAGUUUCCAGAUGUGGUUCCGUAUCGGGCUGAGGAGAUCACCAUACCUGCAGAUGUCACCCCAGAGAGAGUUCCCACACACAUAGUAGACUACUCAGAGGCAGAGCAAACAGACGAGCAACUCUUUCAAGAGAUAUCCAAGGCAAAUGUGAUUUGCAUUGUGUACUCAGUCAACAACAAAAACUCUAUUGAGAAGGUCACCAGCCAUUGGAUCCCACUCAUUCUUGACAACACAGACAAAGACAGCAGGGUUCCUCUGAUCCUGGUGGGGAACAAGUCGGACCUGGUAGAACACAGCAGCAUGGAGACCAUCCUGCCCAUCAUGAACGAGUACACGGAGAUAGAGACCUGCGUGGAGUGUUCAGCCAAGAACUUGAAGAACAUCUCUGAGCUUUUUUACUACGCCCAAAAAGCCGUCCUGCACCCUACUGGCCCCUUGUACUGUCCUGAGGAGAAAGAGAUGAAACCUCCCUGUGUCAGAGCCCUGACGCGCAUCUUCAAAGUGUCAGACCUGGAUAACGAUGGCAGCCUAAAUGACAAUGAACUCAACUUCUUCCAGAGGACGUGCUUCAACGCUCCACUGGCUCAUCAGGCCCUGGAGGACGUGAAGAACGUGGUGAGGAAGAACGUCCGAGACGGGGUGUGCGACAACGGACUCACGCUGAAAGGUUUCCUGUUCCUGCACACGCUCUUCAUCCAGAGGGGGCGACACGAGACCACCUGGACCGUGCUCAGGAGGUUCGGCUACGACGACGACCUGGACCUCCAUCAGGACUACCUGUUCCCUCCGUUGAAAAUCCCUCCGGACUGCACCACGGAGCUCAACCACAACGCCUACCUCUUCCUCCAGAGUGUGUUUGACAAGCAUGACAAGGACCGGGACUGCGCACUGUCCCCUGAUGAGCUGAAGGACCUGUUUGACGUGUUUCCCUACAUGCCUUGGGGCCCUGACGUCAACAACACGGUGUCCACUAACGACCAGGGCUGGAUCACCUACCAGGGCUACCUCUCCCAGUGGACGUUGACCACGUACCUGGAUGUCCAGAGGUGCCUCGAGUACCUGGGUUACCUCGGUUACUCCAUCGUCUCCGAGCAAGAGUCCCAGGCUGCCGGCAUCACAGUGACGAGGGACAAGAAGAUCGACCUCCAGAAGAGGCAGACCCAGCGGAGCGUGUUCCGCUGUAACGUGUUCGGGGACAGCGGCAGUGGCAAGACGGGCUUCCUCCAAGCCUUCCUGGGGAGAAACCUCCUGCGGCAAAACACGGUUAAGGAGGAACACAGAUCGUACUAUGCUAUUAGCACAGCCUACGUGUACGGCCAGGAGAAAUACCUGCUGCUCCACGAGGUCUUCCCAGACUUUGACUUCCUGUCGGACGCCGAGCUAACCUGUGACAUUGUGUGUCUGGUCUACGACUCCAGCAACCCGCACUCGUUUGAGUACUGCGCCAAAGUCUUCAAACAAUACUUCAUGGACAGCAAGACCCCGUGCAUGAUGCUAGCGGCCAAGUCCGACCUGCAGGAGACCAGGCAGCUGUACGGCUGCACGCCGCUCGAGUUCUGCCGCAAGCACAAGAUGCCCCCCCCCCAGUCCUUCACCUGCAACGAGGCGGCGGCGCCCAGCAAGGACAUCUACAUCAAACUCACCACCAUGGCCAUGCACCCUCACGCGCGCCUGCGCUGCAUGUGCACGUGUAACAGGUGCACCUUCUGCCUGUGCCAGAACUUCCUCAACUCGGAGCUGGUGCAGUCGGUGAAGGCCAAGCUCUACACGGCCGUGUUCAGCAGACAUAUGACGCAGGCAGACCUGAAGACCUCCACCUUCUGGCUGAAAGCGAGUGUCGGUGCCACUGUGUUUGCCAUCCUAGGCUUGGCCAUGUACAGGGCCCUGCUCAAACACCGGUGAUCUCCACGCUGCUCUGCCCUCCUCUCUAUCUCCUGUCAUCUGCAAUACGUUCAAAAAUACCAUGAAAGAUAUUUUCCCCAUGAGGGUGGGGAUGCGAAUAACCAUUUAUUGAAUUUUUCUACCUGUGGUAAUGUAUGGCAAUUGCUCUUUUUUUUUUGGUGUCAAUGAUAAAAUAUAGAUAAUAUAUUUAUAUUUAUAUUGAAAAUGAAAGGAGAACGGCUGACGAAUCCUGCUAUCUUGUGUAACGAAGCUAUUUUUGGUUGCCUGUGAAUUGAAAUGAUAAACCUAAGUGUGAAGUAGUAACUAGAAUUAUGCAAUGGAACCAGUAUACAUAAAUAACUGCUUUAGAUGUGACUGAACAACGUGUUAACAGUCUGUAUAUAUCCGCCUGUAUUCUUUUUGGCAAAAUGUCCAACAUAAGCUAUAACGGUCUGACAAAUCAUAACAGUGAAUGCAAAGUACUAUCGUUUUAAUUCAAUGGCUUAACAUAAGGUUUCUUAAACGAACACAGUUUGGGGAGCCCCCUUAGUCCUGACAUUGAAAAAGGGCCUUUAAAUUGCCUUUCGUGGACAGAGAGAAGCAUGGUUGCACACUUGUUCAUUUUCAUAUCCGAACGAGCCCACACCUCUUCAGAGAACAUUGGUCAUUUGUGGAAUGAAAUCUUCCAGCCUCUUAGCCCUGAGCGUAGACUCUGCUGCUGCCCUGACUCCCAGAGCUUCAUUUCAGUUGCCAGCCUGGAUCGUGUGUGUGUGGCUAGUUGCUGUACAGUCAGAACUACAGAACUGCAUGCUUCCAAACGUUUCUCUGUUUAAAAUCGUAUUGUGUAAUUUCAACAGUCCUGUCAAUACUACUCAUUCCAAUAAUCCAAUUGUGAAGUAACCUUUCCCAAUUCUCCCAGACUACUAGCAUAGUUAUUUUUAUCACCUUCGCCAUUCCAAAUGUUUAUAAUAAAUAACUAUGAUAA